CUGAAACCCCAAACAAACUGGGACUACCAAGAGUUUGAUAGUAUCGAGUGAUAAAACCAAACCAACCCAACCCCUACACAUCCCAAUCAUUCUAACGCAGCAGGUUGGAGAGAGAAAAGAAAGAUAAAAUGACAGUACUCAAGGCUACAAUUCGAGUCUUGACUCUCUUGGCUUUGACGAUAACGCUGGCCAGCCCGUACCCGGUCGGCCGGCCACAGACGGCCGAGAAUAAAGGAAGAGGAAGGUCCUACCCGUUGAUCAUCAGCCAUUAUUCGAACGUCAGGAAUUCCAAAUACGAUUCACCGCCGGCCACCGAAGCAACAACAACAACGACAUCGACGACGACUACCCCCACCACCACAGCGGCCGCCGAGUCCACCGACCUCAAGGAAAAGGUCGAAGAUUUCGACGAUAAAAAGGCGUCGGCCAGUCUCGUGAAUACUGAUGAGGCCCAGCCAGCGGGAGAUGCUGGAGAUGAGUCAAAGUCUCAGCAGCAGAAAGUCGAUGAUGAAGCAGCAGCUGCAACAACAUCAGCAGCGCCCAAUAUGGAAGCAGCUGACUCAGCCAGCGUAGCCAGAAACGAAAGUAUUUCAGUCACAACCCAGGCAGUACCAGCAGCGACUCCGGAGGAUUCACUACUCGUUUCCAAGGCCCCAGAAGAAGAAGUCCAGUCGGUGGAGGUCGCCAUCGAAAAAGUCCAGGAAGAGGAGCCCAAGUCGGAGGGAACAGUGAUAGAAUCCACCACUUCAACUGGAGCGACAGCAAACGCCAAAGAGGAAGUCCCGACGACGACAACAACCAGUUUGGCUAUCGAGGCUGAUCAACCGGCUGCCCUUGGAGAAAGCGACAAAUCAACGACGACAACGACGACAGAUCCAGUCAAGACGCCCGAAAUGGACACUGCCAAGGAGACGGAAAGUGUGGCAGCAGCAGCCGAGAGUCUCACCAAAGAAGAAUCUGUCGACAAAGUCGCAGAAGAGACUGUCAAACCUUCAAACGACGAGGUGAAGGCGAUCGAACCUGCUGCUGCUGACGUCGAUCAAGUGAAGGGGGCGGCAGAAGCGGAGGUGGCCGUCACCGCCACUCGAGAUGAGGCCGUCGAAAGUUCCAGGACCGGCUCAUUGGCCAACGGAAAAGAGAAAACGGGCGAAUUCUUCGAAGAAGAUCGUUCGUUCAAGGACAGAGCCGAUCCCGAGCUGAUUCUGGCCGCCAUCCGAUCCGGCGCUGCCGCCGCCCUGGGUGUUGAAGCCAAAACUCUGCCGGAGCGGAUCGACGACAUCACCAACGAGGGCGUCCGGCUGGAGCGCGAGGACAACAAGAAAACGGCCGAGAAGAAGGAGAAGGAAAAGGAGAAAUAUCUGCUGGCCAAACCGUCCAAGGAGAAGAAGCCAACCAAAGCCAUCCCGAGCAACGAUCCCGUCCAAGAGUACGACGACGUCAUCACCAGGGGAGGCAAAUCCAACGACGAAACGGAAUCCACCACAGACGCCGUUGUCGACAAAGCUUUGACAGCCGAGGAGCCCAUCACUUUGACGCUGGUGCCCGACAAUUACCCGGUGAUUUUGCCCAGCGGAGAGUCGACUUUGAGCGACCAAGUGAAACCAGAAGAUUUGGAGACGAAAACGGUCGAGGAGGAACCCAAGACGAUUAGCCUGGUGCCGAGCAAUUACCCGGUCGUCUUGCCGAGCGGCGAGUCAACUCUGAGCGAUCAAGUCAAACCAGAAGAUUUGAAAUCUUCACCGACAUCAGAGCAGCCAGUAACUGUUAGCAGCGUGCCGUCCAAUUACCCGGUGGUUUUACCUAGCGGAGAAUCGACUUUAAGUGAUAAAGUGAAAACAGAAGUUUCGGAAUCGCCAAAAGAAGUGAAAACUGGAGAGAAGUAGAGACAAAAAAAAUUCCUUAUAUAAUCGUUAUGUUGUAAUAAUGCGAGUUGAUUCGGGAAAAAUUGUGUAGGGAUUUUUAAAAAAAACCGCAAUUUAUGUUACUAAAGUUUCAGAUACUAUAAGCUUUCAUUUUACCUUUUAAGAAUGCCGAAAAAAACAAACAUGAUCGCAAUCCUGAUUAUUUCAUUGCGUGUUCGACCGAAAUCUGGCGCAUUUUAAACGCAGAUUUUUUGAAAAAGAAAACCCCUAGCUCUCUUCAACAAUCUUCCCUCCUCAUAUUAUUGCAAUGUUGUCAUGCAUGAAUUUUUUUUUUGUUUAGUUUGUAAACAGAUCAUACGAGCCGUUGAAAGUCUUGGGAAAUUCAUUCUUUUUUUUUAAAUAGACUGGCGAAUUAUAAUAAACAUAAAUCUGAUGAUGUGAAAUAUAUAUAAUAAUAACCCCUUCCUACA